AUGGUCUCCACAUCAAUCCUACUGCUCUCAUUGGUCCGGACAACGAUUUCUUGCUUCGGUGGUGGUGGUGGUGGCAUUUGUUGUGCUCCUAUGAUGCACUGUGCCCCAACUAUGCCACCAUGCGGUGGCGGUGUAGGCAUUAUGAUGCAUGGAGGCCCAAUGAUGGGUUCAUACGCACAAGCACCGUCCUACGUCCAGCCUCCAUCCUACCAAGCUGCCCCCGUCUACCAGACUGCUCCGUCCUACCAAGCUGCUCCAUCCUACCAAGCUGCUCCCUCCUAUCAACCUGCUCCGUCCUACCAACCAGCCCCAUCCUACCAGCCCGUUCCAAGUUAUCCAAGUGGUGGCUACGCUGCUGGUGCUGUCGCACCGGCUCCAGCAAUACCACCGGUAAGCGCAGCGUACAAACCUCGUGCUGAUGUCGCAGCUUCUGUAGUUCGUACCUCUCGGCAACAAAACGAAGAACAACAACAACAACAACAAGAAACACAAGAGGCGGAUACGAUUACAAACGUGAGCGUUUCACAAUGA